UAAUUUCACCCGAAGCACUCGAGCUGCAGAGUUCAGUUACCGGCCAUCGCAACCAUGGAGAAGCUGCUGCUGUCCCGGCUUCUUUUGCUGCUCCUGCUGGCCCACCAACUCGUCCAGGUGGUCCACUCCCAAAGGAAUCCCCAGCUGGACGAGCUCAGGCGAUUGGGGCUGGGAAACGUCGUCAAUGUGCCAUUCUUCAGCGAUGUGCCCCAAAAAAACUAUGACUUCAUAGUGGUUGGAUCCGGAGCAGCUGGCUCCACGUUGGCCGCCCGCCUCUCGGAGAAUCCCAACUGGAGUGUGUUCCUCAUCGAAGCGGGCGGAGUGGAGAACAUAAUCCACCAGGUGCCCCUGCUGGCGGCUCAUCUGCAGUCCACCGCCUCCAACUGGGGCUACCAUUCGCAGCCACAGAAACACGCCUGUCGCGGAAUGCCGGACAAGAGGUGUGCUCUGCCACGGGGAAAGGUUCUGGGAGGCACCAGCUCCAUCAACUACAUGAUCUACAAUCGGGGCAACCGAAGGGACUUCGAUGGCUGGGCGGCAGCCGGAAAUCCCGGCUGGAGUUACGAGGAGGUGCUCCCCUAUUUUCUGCGCAGUGAGCAUGCGCAGCUUCAGGGAUUGGAGCACUCGCCGUAUCACAAUCACAGUGGUCCCCUGAGCGUGGAGGAUGUGCGUCACCGCACUCGACUGGCCCAUGCCUACAUAAGAGCUGCCCAGGAGGCGGGUCAUCCGAGAACCGACUACAAUGGCGAGUCCCAGAUGGGAGUCUCCUACGUGCAGGCGACCACGCUCAAGGGAAGAAGGCACAGCGCCUUUCGAGCCUACAUAGAACCCAUUCGGCAGAGGCGUCGCAACCUGCACAUUCUAACCCUGGCCAGGGUCACGCGCAUCCUCAUCGAUCCAACCACGAAAUCCGCCUACGGAGUGGAGCUGACCCACCAGGGAAGAAGCUUCAAGGUGAAGGCUCGCAAGGAGGUAAUCCUUUCAGCGGGAGCCUUCAACUCGCCACAACUACUGAUGCUAUCGGGCAUUGGACCAGAGGAUAAUCUCAAAGCCAUUGGAGUGCCCAUUGUAAAGGUUCUUCCAGUUGGCAAGAGGAUGUACGAUCACAUGUGCCACUUUGGACCCACUUUCGUGACCAACACCACGGGUCAAACGCUAUUUGCCGCUCGUUUGGGACCGCCGGUGGUCAAGGAGUUCCUGUUGGGUCGCGCGGACACAUUCCUCUCGAGCAUCGGUGGCGUGGAGACGCUCACCUUCAUCAAGGUGCCGUCAGCCAAGAGUCCCGCCAGCCAACCCGAUGUGGAGCUGAUCCAGGUGGCCGGCAGUUUGGCCAGCGAUGAUGGCACCGCCCUCGCCAAAGGAGCGAACUUCAAGCCGGAAAUCUACGAGAAGAUGUACAAGGAUCUCAAUCUGCGGCAGCAGGAUCACUUCAGCUUCCUCAUCAUGCACUUCAAUCCCGCCUCCGUUGGUCGCCUUUGGCUCCACAAUCGCAAUCCCCUCGAGUGGCCCAGGAUCGAUCCCAAGUACUUCUCGGCUCCCGCGGACGUGGAGAGCCUGCUGGAGGGCAUCAAGGAGGCCAUACGGAUAUCCAAAAUGCCGGCAAUGCAGGCCAUUGGAACGAGGCUGUUGGACAAACCCGUGCCGGGAUGUGAGGCCUUCCAGUUCGCAUCGGAUGAUUACUGGAGGUGCUCGAUUAGAACCCUUUCCUACACCCUCCACCACCAGGUGGCCACCUGUCGGAUGGGACCCGAAAGCGAUCCCACUAGUGUGGUCAACCACCAGCUGAAGGUGCACGGAAUUAGGAGUCUCCGGGUGGUGGACACCAGCAUCAUCCCGGUGCCACCCACCGCCCACACGAAUGCGGCGGCGUUUAUGAUCGGUGAGAAGGCGGCGGACAUGAUACGGUCCGAGUGGAGUUGAUUUACUCCCGGCAAAGAUCGCAUUAAGAUACAGAAACGAAUUAUGUAAAGGGGUUAAUAAAAUGCGAGGGGAAAGUUGAAAGAAAGCAGCGGGUUCACGUCAUAAAAAUGUUACGGUUCUAAAGGCAUUCGAGAAAUUGUUUACUAUUUGUCAAUUAACAAGAAUUCAUCGAAAUUUAAAAUCUUUUAUUUAUAUAUUUAUAGCACUCAAAAGGAAUUCAAAG